AUGGAGAUGGAAGUUGAAGCCUUCAAUUGGCGUACCGAACGAAAGGAAGUGUUUACACCGGAGUUGAACGAAGACAACAAGCUGGAGUUUGAUCUUGAAUAUGCAGGUUUUUCUCGAUUUCCCGAAGAAAUUUGUGAAAUGAGGGAACUGAAGGUAUUGAGACUUUGUAUAGACAACAUACACUCUAUACCCAAAACUAUUGCCAAACUGAGGGAACUGGAAGAGAUUUAUUUGGUUACAAGUCAGUACGUGAGAGAUCCUGCCACGUGGUCAUUUAAACCAGGUUUCGGUCUGCAGGAGGUCCCUACUGUUGUUUGUGAUCUUCCAUGUCUUAAGGUUUUGUCUGUGUGUGGUAACUCUGCAUUCCCAUUGCUGUUUGAUGAGCUAAUGUCAUGUCAACUGCCCAGUACUCUUGUGGAAGUGCAAAUGGUGAGAUGUGGUUUGACACAAGCGACUUUGUCUGUGAUCUGCAACAAUGUGAAACUGCGGAGAUUGGAUUUAUCAUUCAACGAUCUGCAGUCUUUCGAAUGUAACAACACAGGGACGAUAGGAGGGUUAACAGUCUUGAAUGAUUUAGAAAAGCUGGAUUUGUCAUUCAACAAAAAUCUCCACACAUUUACAUUAGCAGGUCUCACCAAGUUGAAAGAGUUGGAUUUGAGUUGGUGUAACAUACAGCAGCUACCAUCAGGAAUGAGUGACCUCCAUCAUUUAGAGAAGCUGGAUUUGGGAGGAAACCAACUAGGAGUAUUUCCCACAUUUUCAUGUUUGCAGUGGAAGCAUUUACAAACAUUGGAUUUAUCUUACUGUGAUUUAGAAAAGAUACAGUGGGAGUUGAUGUCACCUAACAUUUCAUAUGAGCUGGAUCUUUUUGGUAACAAUAGAUUAUUGUGUCUUCCUAACAAUAUGUGGAAUGGACUGAACUUGAAGAUAUUGGAUCUACGGAAUAGUGGUAUAUCAAGUAUACCCAAUACAGGUAAAUAGUAGUAUUACUUGUGAGUGUCAUAACUAGAGAGAUACGACUAAUUACGUCAUAUACACUAUUUCCUUAAAUGACACUCAUCAUUACAUUUUUGUUCAUUUUCAAGUGCCAAACACAUUGCUUAUCUCUAUCCAUCAUGUCCAGUCUGUUUGUUACUAAACAGUAUGAUGUACUUGUAUUCAAUGUGUAAUAUUUAUAUAUUUAUUUGAUUGCUGACUAAUGGUCUUGUCAGUUGUUUGUCAUAAUGUACAGAAUUUCUAUUU